AUGAUUCCACGCCACGCCCAUAAGAGGUCCAUCUCUUCCGAGCACCGCUCCCUAUCCCCCGACAGAACCGUCACCAAAGCCAAGUCCACCACCAAUCUCUCCGACGCUGCCUCCUCCGGUUCGAAACGAUCUUCCAGGUUCGACGAUAGCAGUUUCAGCACCUUGCAGGAUCCGCGAUUGGCUGUCGGAGCGGAGGUUUCACAUUCGACGUCAUCGUCUCACCACCCCGAUCUGAGCAAUGAGGUUGCAGCAUUGUCUGUGAAACUGAUUCAGGCUAUCAACAACCAAACAAAUUUGGACGACAGCUUGGUCGCUACCCGACAAGAGCUGGAGCUUGCACAGGGCAAAAUCCAAGCUCUCGAAUUUCAGAAUGAGAAAUACCGCCGUGACAUCGAUACCAAGGUCUACACCAAAAAGGCCGACUCUGAUCGCGAAAUCCUACAAUUACGAAAUGAACUUGCGGAAGAGCAGACACAGCGUGCUGCUGUUGAAAAGGGCAAGAAGACCAUUGAGCAGGAGCUGGAAACUCUGACUGCAGCUCUCUUCGAAGAAGCCAAUAAGAUGGUAGCUGCGGCUAAGAUUGAACGCGAAGCCGUGGAGAAGAAGAACGAACAAUUGCGUUCACAAAUCAAAGACACAGAGUUGCUCCUGGCGUCGCACCAAGACCAGCUCGCCGAGCUCAAGUCCGUUAUGCAAGGGAUGCACAUCUCCAAGGAUGACGUCGAUGCCCGUACUACAACGGCCCCACCAUCCCCUGCUGGCCCCCCGCAAGCGCAAAGUUCCGCAAAGCAAGAGUCUGAACUUGAACCGGUUCCUGCAUCAAUCUGCAACGCCGAAGAAUUCACCCCGGGCCCUUCUUGCAAUUUCCCGCAAAUGCUCCGCAUGAUAUGCCGGACUGAUCUACCCGCUUAUGAGGAUUUCCGUGAUCUGUUGGUCCUCUCUCGGAGCUCCAAGCCUCCCAGCCGUGCUGCUAGUGGCUCGUACGGUGGAUUGAACGUAAUGGGAAUGGGGUUGGCAAGCUUCGCAAGUGGGGGAGCUUCAUCAGCGACUUCUUCACCCACCAAAGGAUUUGCCCAUUCGCCCAAUGGGAGCAUGUCCUCAACAACCGGAUCUCAUAUUCCUUUGAAGGAAACACGCUUCUACAAGCGGGUCCUUAUGGAGGACAUUGAGCCUACCUUGCGGUUGGAUUUGGCUCCAGGAAUCUCGUGGUUGACCCGACGAACUGUACUCAGUGGCAUCUGCGAGGGAAGUCUUGUUGUGGAGCCAAUGCCCUUGGCUUCAAAGAAGUUUGAGUUCCCCUGCUCCGUCUGUGGUGAACGCAGAACCGGCACAGACAAUGAGAGAACCCAUCGAUUCCGCACAUCGGACAGUGAGAACGCCCAAAGAUAUUCGCUCUGUCUUCUUUGCUUGGAACGAGUGCGCUCCUGCUGCGAGUUCACUGGGUACUUGCGCCUUAUUCUUGACGGACACCUUCGCGCUGGUGAUACCGAAGAAGAAAAGGAAAUCUGGGAUGAAACCAUUCGCCUAAGGGAGAGGAUGUUCUGGUCUCGCAUUGGCGCCGGCAUCAUCCCUUUGUUCAAGCGACAAAACGAGUCUGAACUCGAAACCGAACCUACAUGCUUUAAUAAUGGCACCAACGAGGACGAUGAUGAGCAAUACCUUGAGCCUGUGGACGUCACUUAUCUCCGGCCAAAAGCAGCCGAAGUUUCGCUCGACAACCACACAGCUCAAUCUGAUAUCCCUCGACCGCAAAGUUCCAUCUAUGAUAGAGACGAUAUGUCCAUGAGCGAAAAGGAGCUGAAGCGGAUUUCUGCCGACUCCGACCUGAGCGUUUACGAAGAGGCCAAUGCGGACAUGACCAUCGACAUUAAGGAACAUGUCUCGAACGAGCCUUCCACACCUGCUCACACUAAAGAUACGGAGGCAGAGGCAAAGGCAGAGGCAGAACCCCCCAUACAACAUGCCGGUACCUCUUGA